AUGAGGAACAAAGGGAGCCUCGUCGGGAACUUCUUCGAGAGCCUUUUCUACACGCACCUCGUCCUCGUCGCAUGUCUAGUGCUCUAUCUAACAUUUCGCGACCCCGAUCAUAAUCGUCGUUUCCAGCCAAGGAUAUGGCAUCUUCUUGUCCAGUCGUCGACAGCCUGCGCAGGAAUCAUAGGAUUCGUGUGGCAAUUGUUUACGUACCUUGAUCCUUCGAGGACUUUCCUCGCCGCAUUCUGGCUCAGCCCUUUUCUCACCUCCGCAUUUGGGAUUAUGCUCGCGUGCGUCGAAACUCCGGCGUGUUUAGCAGCCGCAAUGGUCCUGAUAGUCGCCGGCGUCGCGCAAUCGCUUUACGGGUGCUGGGCGAGUCCAAGAUUCGACAAUUCCUGCAGGAUACUAAUCUUUUCGAUCAAGAACUGUCCUCCGAGAGUCAAGACCGUCGUAUUCCUUUCCCUCGUCGUCAGUUUUCUUUACACGGCGUUCUUGAUGUGGGGAAUCGGACGGGCGACUGCGGGGGGGACGAAGAUCGACGUCCUGUUCAUUUUCCUCUCCACGGCGAGCUUAACAUGGACAAUGCAGGUAAUCAAGAACGCGAUACAGGCGACAGUCGGGCACGUCAAGUAUAUGAAAUUCAUGUGCGGAAUAGAUCUCGACUAUAAGGUAGUAGUACAGACAGAAGCCAAAUAUUCGAUCGGAAGCAUAUGUUUGGGUUCGAUUCUCGUACCUGUCGUCACGGUGGCGCGGGGUUUAGCUCGUGCGGUAAGCCUGAUGGCGGGCGACGUUGACGAGCAUCACAAAGUAUGCAAAUCGAUGGGGAUUUGUUUACGUCGGAGCUUACAGUAA